ACACACACAAAAGCAUUCUACUUGUAGUAAAAGAGUGUUGAGAAGAUAGAAAGAAGGGAGUCAUGGGUGGCAACGCUUCUAAGACAUGGCAAGAGCUCAGCGGCUCGAAAAAUUGGGAAGGAUUGUUGGAUCCUUUCAACGAUGACCUCCGAAAGUACAUAAUCCACUACGGCGAGGGGGCCCAGGCAAUCGGGGAUGCUUUCAACAAUCAAGAUGAGUCUGACGCCCGGGGCUUUAGCCGGUAUCCCAUGGAAGGUUUCUUCCAUAACGUCGGGCUCGAUUGGUUCGACUAUGAUGUCACCCAGUUCUUCUAUGCGAAGGAACAGCGAUACCUCAUGUACGAGGUGAACUGGAUCGGAUACGUGGCAGUUGCGACUGAUGCAGGCAAGGAGAAGCUUGGAAGGAGGGACAUCCUUGUUGUCUGGAGAGGUACAGAGCGGACAGUGGAGGCGGCUCUAGACAUUGAUGAUACCCUUACGUCAGCAUCGGAUAUUUUCGCUGGCCAUGAGGAUGUGAUGGUGCAUAACGGUUGGCAUGAGAUCUACACCAGCAAGAAUCAUGUAGUCGAUACCGAAUACAUUGGGCACAGCGCUGGGGAGCAGGCCGUGAAGGAAGUAAAGAAGCAGGUGGAGCAGCUGUACAAAAACAAUAAAGAUGAGGAGAUCAGCAUCACCGUGGCCGGCCACAGCAUGGGAGCCGCCCUCGCUACUCUUAAUGCAAUGGACAUUGUUGCAAAUGGCCACAACUACCCUGAAGACCAUCCGGAAAUGGCCUGCCAGGUAACCGUGUUCGCCUUUGCGAGCCCAAAGGUCGGUAAUGAAAAGUUCAAGGAGUUGUAUGAUAAUCUCAACAAAGAGAAAAAUCUCCACGCCCUCCGAAUCCUCAACGCGAUCGACAUCGUCCCGAACCUCCCCCCUGUGAAAUACGAGCAUGUAGGGGAGCAGUUCAUGAUAGAUUCGCGCCAGUCGACGCACCUGAAGUCAAUCAACGAGGUAGGCACGGCCUCCUUGCAGAUUGCACACCAGCUGGAGCCGAUGUUGCACGUGGUGGCGGGGUGGAACGGGUUCGAUGGGACGUUUGACAUAAAGCAAAACCGCGAUUACAGCCUCGCAAACAAGGAUAUGGAUGCACUAAAAAGCAAUUAUAAGGCCGGCAUCUUGGUGGGUGGUGCAGAACAAGGGUAUGGUCCAGACUAUCAAAAACGGGAUCAGCAAAUGGACAUUGCAAGACUACAAGCCGCCGCCUCCUCAAGAGUAAUAUGCUUGGCUGCAUGAUUUGAAUAAGUGGGUGAAUAAGUGGGUUUAGGAAUUAAUGGAAAUCCCACAAUUGCGUGGUGCGGCGUGCCUAAUGUUUCACUAAGUUGUCGUGCUUUUAUGUGCAUGUGUUGAUGUUCACUAAGUCCUCUGCUUUCGUCUAGGAGACACAGAGGGCAGAUGCAACUGGUUUGUACUAUUUCAUCUUGAUUCCCUUUGGGCAAGUUUAAAGUCAUAGUGUGUGAAUCUAUCAUACCGCUCGAGCACUGAUAAUGAACUGAAGCUUUCAUUUUGUUUCCGGUA